AUGGAAAGGUUCCUGCGCUCCUGGCGACAGGACGCGUUGAACCGUGGCCAGCAUGAUUCCGCAAUCUACAUAGGGGACAAAGUCCUGGCCCUUACCAACAGUGACUCUGACGCGUUUUGGCUGGCUCAGGUACAUUUCUCAAAUAACAACUUUACGCGUGCCCUCGCCCUUCUCUCCCGCAAGGAUCUUGUUUCUCGAAGCACCGCCUGCCGCUACCUUGCCGCGCACUGCUACAUAAAACAGAACCAAUUCGAACAAGCCCUCUCCAUUCUCGGUGAACACAACCCUACGGACCUCAUCCGCAAUAACCACACCCGGCGCAAGAUCCAACACCAAAGCCAUGUCACACUUCGGAAUGGGAAGAGCGCGACGCCCCGCAGUGAUCGAGCUGAGGAGCGAGAACGUGAGGAUGCCAAUAAUAUAAGAUUUGAAGCCGCCAUGUGUUAUCUGCGGGGACUUUGCUUCGCUAAGCAGAAUGCAUUUGAUCGUGCGCGGGACUGUUACAAGGAUGCCGUACGGAUCGACGUGCAGUGUUUUGAAGCGUUCGACCAACUCAUGAAGAACUCCCUAAUGUCUCCCACGGAAGAAUUGGAAUUCCUUGAAUCACUAGACUUUGAUUCUGUCUCAUCUCCCGAUCCCAUGAUGGCACAAGAAGCCGCCCACUUUACGAAGAUGCUGUAUACGACCCGUCUAUCGAAAUACUCAUCUCCUACCAUUCUCUCCGACGCCACCGAAACCUUAUCCACACAUUAUAAUCUUGCCGACAACCCCGAUAUUCUUUUGUCUCGCGCCGAAGCUCUGUAUACGCAAUGUCGGUUUGCAGAAGCUCUGGAAUUGACGUCCUCUAUCCUCUCCACAUCUCAAUCAACCGACCUGUCCUCCAAAAAUCCCAGCAUUCCGGCACAGAACAACCUUGGCCAUGCUCCAGCCAUUUAUCCGCUUCACUUGGCUUGUCUCUACGAAACCGGUGCCACGAAUGCGCUUUUCUUACUCUCCCACAUGCUCGCAGACCACUCCCCCGAAGAACCUUACACAUACUUGGCAAUUGGAGUGUACUAUCUGUCGGUAUCGAAGGUGGCUGAGGCGCGGCGCUUCUUCUCGAAGGCUUCACUGCUAGAUCCACAUUCGGCCCCGGCUUGGAUUGGAUUCGCGCACACGUUUGCCGCAGAGGGUGAACACGACCAAGCCAUCGCAGCCUAUAGCACUGCUGCUCGACUAUUCCAGGGCAGCCAUCUCCCCCAACUCUUUUUGGGAAUGCAACAUCUCGCCCUCAAUAACAUGUCUCUGGCGCACGAGUAUCUAUGUGCUGCUCACGCUAUGUCAACUGGAGCUGCCCCCGGAUCUGUGCCUUCUAUUGCAUCUAAUCCCUCAGGGAUUGUCUCCGCCGUUGGCGGGGACCCACUGGUUCUCAACGAGCUUGGAGUUGUCUUUUACCAUCAGAAUCACCUUAGCGGCGCCAUUGAAUUAUUUGGGCAAGCACUUGCCCUAGCUACUUCUCUUCACUGUGAACCCAGUGCCUGGGUGGCUACACGCGCGAACCUAGGCCAUGCCUUCCGUCGCAUGGGUCGUCUGUCCGAAUCCCUUCGUGAAUUCGAUGAAUGUCUCCGCGUGGGCGCAGGAGGGAGCAGCAUGGGCUACUCGCCAUUCUUGGGUGGUGGUACGGGUGGCUCAGGGGCGAUCGCUACCGCAUCUGGGGUCGGGGGCUACGAAGAUAGGGGGCUCACCGGUUCUCUACAUACGUCUCGUGGCCUUGUGUUACUGGAGUUGGGACGAACCACGGACGCGGUGACUGCCUUACAUGAGGCCGUGCGUGUACUUGGGGCGAGUGGCGGCGGCGAUGCAGCCGGGGGUGCGGGCGUGGCUGGUACGUUACUUUCACGUGCGCUCGAGCUCUGGGCCUUGGAGGGGCGACAAAAGGACCGCACGACUUUCGAAGAGAGUAUGCGGGAAGCCAGUGCAGCCUCCUCCAAACGCCGGGGAUCUGCUCGGUCUCGUGAACAUAAGGGCAAAGAGCGAGUCGCCCCGGAAGAGAUGUCUCGACGACGUGGACGUCAGGAGCCCUUUGUGGAAGGGUGGACGGAGGAGGCAACCCAUGUCGCCACGCCCCCGGCCGAAGAUGAACAGGUUGAAAUGGACCUCGACAACGAAGCUGACGGGCUUUUGCGCCGAGCUCUCGGCCGUACAAACGUCAAGUCACUCACAGAUCAUGCCGUGCAAGUCUAUAUCUUCACCAUGACAGCCUCAUUUCCAAUUCGCCCGCGACGCGGCUUGUCGCUUCUUUGCCUCAUUACCGCAUUUAGCUUCAGCGCCAUCAUCGUCAUUUGGUUCGGCAUGAACUCCGACAGAGGAUACAUUCACCCCGUCCUCACCCAGAUCAUUCCCGCCGGACACUGCGCUUGCGAAUCCUCAACCACCUUCCAAUGCUCGACAUGUCUCACCUGUCCCGAACCUGGUCUACAAACAGACACAGCCCGCGCUUGGUCCUUUGAAUAUACCCGGGAUGGUCGCAAUGAGGCCCUCAGUCAGAGCCAGUGCAAAGCUGCCUUCCCCGGGUUAUUCGAGGACGUCACGCGCGGUGGCAGAUUUUGGUCUUCGCAAGGUCGCUUGUCGUCGGCAGAACUUGAUGCCAUUAAAAUCCAACAUGGUAUGGCGCGCGCAUUCAUUUCUAAUGGCAACUUGUACGUGGUCACGGCGCGAUCCAAGGGCGAGGAUCACCGACGGAAAAUCUUGGGGACGUUGAGCUCAAUCCAUCGUGCGCUGGCCGCCGACCCGGAACGAGUUUCUAGACCUGACUUUGAAUUUGUGUUCUCGGUGGAGGAUAAGGUUGACGAUGUGACCAAUUCAGAAUGGCCGGUCUGGGUGUUUUCGCGCACGUCUAGUGAAGAAGGAGUCUGGCUUAUGCCAGAUUUUAGCUUCUGGGCCUGGGAUAACCAGGACAAUUACAUGGGACCGUAUGACCAGGUGGUAGAACGAAUCAAAAGGAUGGAUAUCCCUUGGUCAGAGAAAACGCCACAGUUGGUCUGGCGGGGCAAGCCCAGUUUCGCGCCCAAAUUGCGACGCGCGUUGAUGGAGGCCGCUAGGGACAAAUCGUGGGGCGAUGUCAAGCAGGUUGAUUGGAACACGGGCUCUAACGUCUUGAGGAUGGAGGAUCAUUGCCAUUUCAUGUUUAUUGCGCAUGUUGAAGGUCGCUCUUAUUCGGCUUCAUUAAAAUACCGACAGGCCUGCAACUCGGUCAUCGUCGCACAUAAACUACAGUUCAUCCAACAUCACCACUAUCUAUUGGUGGCAGAUGGCCCCAACCAAAACUAUGUCGAAGUCGAACGCGAUUUCAGCGACUUAUCAGAAAAGAUGGAGCCCUUAGUGAGCGACACCAAAGCCGCACAGCGCAUCGCCAACAACAGCGUCAAGACCUUCCGUGAGCGAUAUCUCACACCCGCCGCUGAAGCCUGCUACUGGCGGUCACUGUUCGAUGGGUACGCCGAUGUAUGGAACGGGACCGUCGAACAGUGGUCCGAAACCAAGGACCGCGAACGAGCACUUCGAUACGAAUCGUUUGUACUUCUGGAGAGCGUGAAGAUGUACGAAUUUGAAGCUACUCGCACUGCGCAAUGGCAGGCUAUCCUGUAA